UUCAACUUCUGUCUCAUACUUGCCUUUAGGGAGAAGGAGAAAAAGUUGUCAAGGGACAAGAAUUUGAUGAGAAAGAGGAAGUGGUUCUUGGUUAGUGUCUGCAAGGGCAGAGGAGUUCAGCUGCUAUGGUUCUGCGGUUAGAUGGCAUUACAUCAUUAGCAAGCAGAUUGUCUGGUUGGAAAGGAAUGAGGUAAAGAGUGCAUUUGUGUGGGUUAAGGGGACUGAAGAAAGAAGUACCAGGGCUAUGUGUAUAUAUAUAUUCUUGUCUAUAUUAUAGGCAUAUAGAUUCUAUAUAUGAGGCAGAUGUUAUAUAUAGAGAUAACAUGACUAGAAGAGAAUGACAAAGUUUCUCUUGAUUUCUUUUUUUUUUCUUCAAAAAAAACACCCACCAACCCUUCAUUGAAUGGCAUCAUGGAGAAAACGGAUCGACGACUAAGCGGAGGGGACCACUGAGGGCUACAAUUCCUUCGCAGAGUACAAGUACGGCAAGUGUAGAGUCGGCGUAAGAGGGCAUUGAUCACACCUCCGUAGAAAAUGCAGAUAAAACGAUGCAGCAGUGAGAGAAGCGCGCAGGGAAUGGCACUGCCAAGGGUUGCAGGCUCCACACAUUCCCAUCUCCGCGAGCCGGUGGAACUCCUGCACCUUCUGCCUCUUCAGAGACAUUUUGGACGCUCGGCUCUUGCAGCUAAUGGGCCCAGGGCAGGGAGAGGAGCGAGCGUGCUUUGUUGUGUGUUCAGACUCGCUAACAGGAGGUGGUUUUGUGCCCGAGCUGUGGCUGGUUUCCCCACAGUGGCACGGCAGCGGGUAGGUUAUGCAGGCUGGGAUUUCCAGAGUCUGCAGCCUGGCUGCUGCGUGUUCAGAAACAAGUGGGUGGCUCCUAGAAGCCGGAGCAGAAAGGCGGCAGGGCUGGUGUUCAGAUGGAAGCACGCAAGCCUGGAGGUGCACCCUGUGCUCGUGUGCAUCCCGUGGACCUGAAGCACCACUAUUCAUCCAAGUCAGCCCACCCGCUGCUGAUUUCUGUAGGUUUUGGAACAGGGCCUCUUUGAGGCUGUGAAAGCCCUGGGUUUGGCGCUUCAGACUUAAGAGAGCCUGUUUCCGUGGGUGUAUUUGCAGGCAAUGUUUUAGUAAACUGAGUGUGGGGGUGAGCCCUAAACACUUAUUUAGGGAAAUAACUUUAUGUUUGUCUCAUAAUUGUUAGAGGAGGAUGAUACGAUUUGAGUGAGGCUACCCACCUGGUAGGAGUAAGGAUUCGUGAGACCAUUCUUUAAACUUGUGGUGGGUACGUGAACUCCCAAAGGUCAAUUAUAUAUAAUUAAUAAUAUAAAUAUAUACUUUUCAGUGGAUUUAUGCCAGGGUAAAUUUGAUUCCAUGUGUUUUUAAGCCUGUACUAAACUUUCCACUGCUUUUUUGGAGGUAGAUUUUAGGACAAAGUCAGCUAAGGGCUCAAACCGAGACGAUGAGGUAAUUACACAGAGGCAUCCACAUUGCAGGAUUUUAUCCAAACCAAACCUGAACUCCUAAUUCUUGUUCAGUUCUCCUACAAUGGGGGUGAGGAAAGGAGACCAUGAACUGAAAAAAAAAAAAAAAGGAUGGAGGAAAAAAAAGCCUUUUAACUGUUUGUUCAAAUAGAUAUUAGUUCCUCUUUCUGCAAGCAUUUCUUGCAGAACGUGCAGAUUGUGAAUGGGCACAUUCGCUAAGCAAGAGCAGCGUCAAAAGCAGUGAAAAAUAAUCAUGGCAGUAUACGCUUACGGUAUUUCUCAGACAAAUGCACUAGUCAACUCUCCUAGGACAUUGCCUUCUUUGUAACCCAGUCAGAUGAUAUGCAAAUGUUCCAAACACCAGGCUGGUGAAUAGAAACGAAUAUAUUAAGUUUCCGUUUACAGACACAGAACAUCCAAAUGCUAUAGGCAGUGAUUUCAAACUGGGAAAAACUGGAUGGGCUUUUAGAGUUAUAAAACAGUCGUUCCAAAUGCCCCUUUUCUAUAUGACAAGUACUGGUCUGUCUAGGAUGAAAAGCAGGGUUUUUAACAGCACAUAACAGUAGAAGCUAUGUGUAUUUCCUGCUAUCAUGUGGCUGUAAGAGGUAGCAAUUUGUGAAGCGCAGCUGGCUUCAGCAGGGAAAGCUCUGAGCAGUGAAAACAAGCUCACCAUCUGAGAGAGGGAUGGGGGCUGUGAAGCGGAUGCAGAACAUUGAUGAAACCCACAGGAAAUCACUAAUUAUGAGAGUCACAGCAAUUAUAAAAUGGGGCGCUUACGCUGUCCAUUGGCAGUCGGGGCUAUGCUGUCGUAAGGCUGUGCUACGCGGUCGCAGACUCAGUUGGGCAUAUACACAGAUGUCUGUGCUUCUCUAUAGUUAGAUGCUGAAAUGCAGAGCUGCUUUUGGGUGUGUGUUUUUACUCAGAGCUCUGCACGAAGAGAACAUUUUGGGAUGCUUCAGGAGCAUCCAUUAGUAUAAAGUACGAGCGUGUCAAUGCUUAUAGCUGUUUGCUUUGUUUUGGCUGAUGUUUUUCUGUGUUCUAGAAUAAAUUGAUUUUAACUAAUCCGUCUUCUGUUCUAAUUUAUGAAAAAGCAGCUCUGCUGGCUUAGAGCAGCAAAUUAAAUGGCACCAACCCUAUUGGAUGAUAUAAAGCUGAGCUCCUCUACAAAGAAGUAUAAUCGUUGCCCAGUGUCUGUGGUAAUACCUAAUAUCCAUCUGGUAUUGCCUGCAGUUGGCUAUUUUUAGGGCUGUUACUUCGAUUGUGAGAAGCCUGCUGCACUUUAAAAGCUCUAGAGUACGACUCCUUGCUGUGCUAAACAUCAGAAAUCAUGUUUAUGGAGGCAAGCUCUGUGUUUAUAGUGUUGGUGUGUGGGAGUCCCACUUCAGGAGGAAAAAGGAAACGAAGAUUGCUCAGUUAUCUUGUGCAGAGCUUUGGCAAGAACAUCCUCUAUUCAUGGAAUAGCCUUCAUUAAAAAGUCCCAGGGUGUUUUUAGCAUUCAAAACCAGUUAAAAGCAGAAUCAACUAUUAACUGCUGCAGUUUGGGUUUAAAGUAGUUCCAGAUUUCAACAAGAAGCUUCAGGCUAAUUAUUUAUCAAAUAAGCUGUCUCCAGCGAGAACACAGACGUUGUUAUAGACCCUACCAGCUGCUCUGUAGAAGGGGUUGAUGCAAACUAGGGUGAAGUAAGCGGAAAGACUCCACCGGGCCUCAGUGGGUUUUAGGUCAGGCCCCAGGAGCGCGAGAUGAAGGAAACGAACAGCGUGCGUUACACAGAGCACCGCGAAUGACAAAGCACUAAUCCUGCCCCAUCUCUGAGCCGAGGACACGAAUCCUUUGAAUUUCUGUCGACGGUUCCCUUCGUCCACGUGGUCUGGCAGAGUACAACGUUUCAAAAUGCUGGAGGUUAUCUGGGUGAACCUAGAGAUUAUGUUUAAUGCGAUCGCGUCUUCAGAAAUUCUGCUCCUGCGUUUCAUGAGCUGAACUAUUUCACAAAGAUGAAAUCAGAUACCUUCGCGGAUCUCCAGGUUAACAAUGUCCUGUGAAUUCAGAGAUUUUCUGAAGGAGGAGUAGAUUCAUCAUAUACAUGGACUUCGUUUGUUGCCCAAGGAUACAGUUUUCCCUUUUUUCAUUCUGAAAAGCUGUCUACAUGAAGAUGAGUUUGCAUCCAAGAUACAGUCUGGGGAAUUAGGUGAAAAAGGACACUGUUAAUGAGUUUACCAACAUUUAUUUCCAUUGGUGUUUCCAGAUUUUUUUUGGUUGUUGUUUUUAAUACAGAAAUGAAGGACAAGUAUAAAACAGCAGAGCUGAUGUAUUUCUCUGAGGCCUUUAUGUAAGCCUCUGUUGUCUGGACCUGGUGCUAAAGGAAAAGCAAUCUGCUUUUGAUCAGCUGAUUGUGACUGUGGAACAGAACCUUUAAUUUAAAGUAACUUCCAGCUGAAAUUAUUUUACUCUCUGGCUUGCACAGAAUGAAAGGGAAAAUUAACAUGUUUUACUGGUCAGGGGCUUUUUACUGAACUAAGAAAGGGAAAGUUAGGUUUUCCUAACUUCUAAUUUAAAACCAAGAACUGACAACAUUUUUCUUAGAAUUUGACUACUAGGCAGAUCUCGACAGUUUAAAGCAAGUCAGAUGUCAGCAAACGACUCUUCUCCCCCAUCCUUACAGAAGUUUUCCCCACCCACAUGUCAUGCUGCUGCACAACAAACCCCAACGUUGUCUUCAAGUCCCCAGUCGGGGCUCUCCAGUCGGCUCUCCAAUGGCAGUUUCAGCACGCAGAGCCUCACAAACUCCAGGGGCUCUGUGCACGGGGUCUCAUUCCUUCUGCAGAUCGGUCUCACUCGAGAGACUGUCACCAUUGAAGCUCAGGACCUGUCCCUCUCUGCUGUUAAAGACCUCGUGUGCUCUAUAGUUUACCAGAAGUUCCCAGAGUGUGGUUUCUUUGGCAUGUAUGACAAAAUUCUCCUCUUCCGGCAUGACCUGAACUCAGAUAAUAUUUUGCAACGGAUUACAUCAGCAGAAGAGAUACAUGAGGGAGAUCUGGUUGAGGUUGUUCUCUCUGCUUUGGCUACAGUUGAAGAUUUCCAGAUUCGUCCUCAUGCACUUUAUGUGCAUUCCUACAAGGCUCCUACUUUUUGCGACUACUGCGGAGAGAUGCUUUGGGGUUUGGUACGACAAGGGCUGAAAUGUGAAGGUUGCGGGUUAAACUACCAUAAGCGAUGUGCCUUCAAGAUUCCAAAUAACUGUAGUGGAGUGAGGAAGAGGCGUCUGUCUAAUGUGUCUUUACCAGGAGCAGGGCUUUCAGUUCCAAGGCCAGCACAAGCUGAAUACACAGCCUCUGCCUCUGAAGAACGCUGCUGCCCAGAACCUAGUAAAAGGAUUCCCUCUUGGAGUGGCCGUCCCAUCUGGAUGGAAAAGAUGGUGCUUUGCAGAGUGAAGGUUCCUCACACCUUUGCUGUUCACUCUUAUACUCGUCCCACCAUAUGCCAGUAUUGCAAACGGCUCCUCAAGGGCCUUUUUCGCCAAGGAAUGCAGUGUAAAGAUUGCAGAUUCAAUUGUCACAAACGUUGUGCAUCUAAAGUGCCUAAAGACUGUCUUGGAGAGGUGACUUUCAAUGGAGAACCUGCUAGCCCAGGCCAGGAUUUGGACAUGCCAAUGGAGGUUGAUAGCAGUGAAAUGAACAGUGAUGGUAGUCGGGGUCUUGAUGAUACUGAGGAGCCCUCUCCUCCAGAGGACAAAAUCUUCUUUAUGGAUCCAUCUGACCUCGAUGGAGACAAAGAUGAGGAAGCUGUCAAAACCAUCAGUCCCUCAACAAGCAAUAAUAUUCCUCUCAUGAGGGUUGUACAGUCCAUCAAGCAUACAAAGAGGAAGAGCAGUACAAUGGUGAAGGAAGGAUGGAUGGUCCACUAUACUAGUAGAGACAAUCUGAGAAAAAGACAUUACUGGAGACUGGACAGCAAGUGCCUCACCCUGUUUCAAAAUGAAUCUGGAACAAAAUAUUACAAGGAGAUUCCACUUUCAGAAAUUCUCCAGGUGACUCAGCCUCGAGAUUUUUCAAACGUGGUGCAGGGCAGCAACCCAUACUGUUUUGAGAUCAUCACUGACACGAUGGUGUACUUUGUUGGCGAAAACAAUGGCAGCAGUCAUCACAGUCCUGUUCUUGCUGCCACCGGAGUUGGACUUGACGUAGCUCAGGGCUGGGAGAAAGCCAUUCGUCAGGCUUUGAUGCCAGUCACUCCUCAAGCUAGCGUUUGCGCUGCUGCAGGACAAGGAAAAGAUCACAAAGAGUUAUCCCUAAGCAUCUCUGUUUCAAAUUGCCAGGUCCAGGAGAAUGUGGAUAUCAGCUCUGUGUACCAAAUAUUUGCUGAUGAAGUGCUGGGUUCUGGUCAGUUUGGUAUAGUAUAUGGAGGAAAACAUAGGAAGACUGGAAGAGAUGUAGCUAUCAAGGUCAUUGACAAGAUGAGGUUUCCAACUAAGCAGGAAAGUCAGCUUCGUAAUGAAGUAGCCAUUCUCCAGAAUUUGCAUCACCCUGGGAUCGUGAACCUGGAAUGUAUGUUUGAAACCCCAGAACGGGUCUUUGUUGUGAUGGAAAAGCUGCAUGGUGAUAUGCUAGAGAUGAUUCUUUCCAGUGAGAAAAGUCGACUUCCAGAACGAAUAACUAAGUUCAUGGUCACUCAGAUACUUGUUGCUUUGAGGAAUUUACACUUCAAGAAUAUUGUGCACUGUGAUUUAAAACCAGAAAAUGUACUACUAGCAUCAGCAGAGCCAUUCCCUCAAGUAAAGCUGUGUGAUUUUGGCUUUGCACGUAUCAUUGGUGAAAAAUCUUUCAGGCGCUCUGUGGUGGGGACACCUGCGUAUCUUGCCCCUGAAGUGCUCAGGAGUAAAGGUUACAACCGCUCUCUGGACAUGUGGUCGGUUGGAGUAAUUGUCUAUGUGAGCCUUAGUGGUACAUUCCCAUUUAAUGAAGAUGAGGAUAUAAAUGAUCAGAUUCAAAAUGCAGCAUUUAUGUACCCACCAAAUCCUUGGAAGGAAAUUUCUAGUGAAGCCAUUGAUUUAAUAAACAAUUUGCUUCAAGUGAAGAUGAGGAAACGUUUCAGUGUUGACAAAUCCCUUAGUCACCCGUGGUUACAGGAUUAUCAGACUUGGCUUGACCUCAGAGAAUUUGAAACACGCAUCGGAGAGCGUUACAUUACCCAUGAGAGUGAUGAUGCACGCUGGAAAGAACAUGCGUAUGAACACAACCUUGAGUACCCCCAGCAUUUUAUUAUGGCUCCUAAUCCAGAUGACAUGGAAGAAGACCCUUGAUUUAUUCAUUUUGCUAAAUUCCAGCACAGAUGGACACUCCAGACAGAAACUGAAGAUAAGUUUUGGAACAACUGUCGCUCUUUCUGAAUGUUGUACACAUAGCUCAGUGUACAAAGCCUCAGAGGAUCCUGCAUUGACGUGGGGAUAGACUGUCGCCCAACAAGCUUUUCUCCAUCUCUGACUUAAACUCUGAGUAGUUAUUGGACAGUGGGAUAAGCCCCGUUGGGUAACAUUACACCAAGUUGUAUGGCUACAAAGCCAUUUCCGAAGUGGAAUGUGUACAGAUUGAAUGGUUUGCGUGUUUUUCCUCUUUUUUUUUUUUUGUAGCCUACACAAUAAGAAUUUUGUAAUGGUUUCCUAAUCCCUAUUUAGUAGGCCAUAGAGGACUGUUUUCUGUUACUUAGAUACAUCUCCCACUUCUUAGACUGUGCAUUGUGAAAAGAGGUUGUAAAAGGAAAUUGGUGCAGAAUACCUUGGCUAAUAGCAGAACAUGGUGGUUUGGGGUUGAAUAUGGCUUCAGAGAUGAAGGAGUAAUUUGCUGCUGUUAAGACAGUCAUGUAUGUCUGUCUUUGCCCUAACUGAACUUUUUCCAGAUACCAAAAAAAAAAAGAAAAUCCUGUAACUUCUUACAUUCCUCUUGAAAUGCUGACUGACAAUCUAAAGAGACGACAAUCAAAGCUGUGCUAGUCCUUUAUUUUGUCUGUUAAAACAGAGCAAUAAGCCACAACAGUGUGUUGCUGUGCAAGGCUGGCACAUGUCAUAGAUGCACACCAAAGGCAUUUUGCCUUAAAACCACACAAGCAGUGCAGAGAGAGCACAAGACUUGAUGUAGCGUAUCCUUUCACUCUGGAAAAAGUUUCUAGCAGAAGGAUGUGGAAAAAUAGGGAAAAAUACAUGCAGCUUUCUUCUAUUGUUUUUCAAUAACUAAAUUUAAAAUUUUUCUAGUAUUUUUCUAAUUUUUUUUUAAGGUUCCCUGGAUUUGCAUCAGGAGUAGUUUGUAGCCUGCUAGCUUGUAUCUUAAUUCUGUUCAAAACCCAGGUGUGACAAAAUUACCUGUUGCUUCUGCCAGGGCAGCUGGACUGUAAGAGAAAGGGCUCUGCCUUCCAACCUUUACCUGCAGCCCCUCCUAUCCUCUUCACCGCGCUCAGCAUUGUUGUUCUGAGCUGAAUGAAGAAUCCAAAACCAACUUCUAAUUCAGUUUUUUUUGCAGAUGCCUCACUUGAUGGAUUCCCAACCACUUACUGGACUUUGUGGCACAAUUGAGAGGAAGCAGCAAUAUUCUUUGGAAAUGAUUCCUUAGGAGGAGAGUAUAACAGUUAAAAUUCAUCGUAUUUCAAGGAGGUUUGAAGCUUUGGAUGAUAAGCAGAUAGAAGAGGUUUUUGUUUUUUUUCCCCAUCGUAUUUAAAAGUGGGAAAAAAUGAAAUAUUUUGUGUGGGAACAACUAUCUGUGCUGCUGGAAGGUGCUGGAUGGCUGUACAUAUCCCUGAUGUGCCAAGCUGCUUAACGGGUGCUUGGUUUAAAAUACUUUUUAAAAUACUGAUACAGACUUGAACUGCAAAGGCAGUAGGAGACCUUGGGGUAGCUCCUUUCUCUCCUAACAUUUUUUUUGUGCGUGUAGAUGAGUAUUUUUCCCCCCUACUGUUGUUCAGGCAAGGAAAUAGGUGAGCAGAUGUCUUCUAAGCUGUUAGAUACCCAUAACAUUUUAGAGUUCUUCUGGGGCUGGCAGCUGCUUGCAGUGUCAGUGAACUGGCAGUAAAGUCAGCGGCAGCUGCAGAAGUACGUACCUGUGGGCAGGUUUGCGUCUUGAACCUACCGUUCCUUUUCUGCUUGCCCUUAAUCUAACUGCUACUGCGUUUUGUAUGUAUCUGAGUUGAUUAAAGCUGAAGCCUGGUUUCCCUGUUAGGAUAUACCGAACUUUGCACACAACUUCUGGUGCAGCCUGCAUAGCAGUUUCCUACAGCCACCCGUGGGCAGUGUGUUCCCACCCUUCCUGCUGUCCCACCCUCUCUCCUAGUGCGUGUUUUUCUCAGGUUUGUGCAGGGGACUUGCCUGAUGGCAGUCUGGUCCGUGCCACUCCUGCACUGGGGAGUCAUGCUUCCCCUUUCACGCUGUCAGAGCAAUAUAAAGGAAUUCAAAAGGGGCAGAAUUUGUCCCUUAACCUUGCUAUUGCGUUAAGGUGAAGCUUUGGGACUGAUUCUUCUCAGAGAGGCACUAUUUUCUUAAUCUGUGGAGACAGAACAAUCAUCUAUGAAGUUGGUAGUCUAGUAUUGGCCCAGUUGGCAAGGGAAGCAGUGUUUUUUUCCUAACUUUUACCACCCAAGUGACCAAAUUUCAGUGAAGCCAUUGCGAUCUUCCAUCCCAACUGUAAUAGCAUAGAUACAGUUUGGUUUUAAGCUUCAGAUUUUGAACUUGAGCUGUCACUUCAGGUUUUCUUUCCUUAUUUUUUUUUUAAGGGAGGAGAAAAGCCAGCUCAGUUGCUUGAAAAGCACAAUGCAGAAGAAGGGGUACAAUUAAAAAAUAAAUAAAUAAAUAAAAGGCCUGGCUGAUGUCUCUCCCCAUGAAGUCUGCUCUGUGCUCCAAGAAGUUAUAUGCGCUAUUUAUUCUUAAGUUGUAUUUAAAAAAAAAAAAACACAAAAAAAACCUGUUAGCCUUUGGAGUGGAUUGCCUGACAGUAUAUGCAGAUAUGCAGACUUAUGGGGCCAGACAAUAGAAGCCACAAGCUAUAGUAGUACAAGAACCACAAAAAAUCAGAUACCCAUUAGAAGUAAACUUUCUUCACUGAUGAAUAAAAAUAGCUGACUUUUUUAUUCCCUUUUUUCUACCUUUACUGCAAACUUUGACAGCAGUAGGUUAUAGUGUUUAAUAUCCUUAUCCCUAGAUGAAUUAAGUUGCGUUCAUUCAAUAGUGCUAUGAUGAUGCUAGAAAAAAGCUCAUGUAAAAUUUUAUAGCCUCAAAAGGACACUGUCAAGUACUUUUAUAUUUUUAUACAUCCCGUUGUUUGUAAAUAUCCUCUGAUAAGCUUGAAAAUAAAAUUUAUUUCCC